AUGUUGGCGUUGCAGAGGUCCCGGUCUUCAAGUACUGAAGCCACCCCCCUACUAGGGGACAGUCCAAGUCCAAGGAUAGAACACAAUGUCUCUACAGAGGAUCCGGAGGCAGCUCAGGAUGGGGUGAAACAGGCUGAGGCUAUCACCAUGGUCUGGUCGAAGAAAUCCUUGGUGGCGGCAUAUAUCCUGAUGUUUCUCUUAUACUUCGUGAAUGCAUUCCAAUCGUCUAUCACCAGCAAUCUCUCGGCCUUCGUGACCAGCGGCUUCGAAUCGCACUCCCUCAUCCCUGUCAUCUACAUCGUGUCCAGUGUCAUGUCGUCGGCGACCUAUAUGCCUCUCGCAAAGAUACUGAAUGUCUGGGAUCGAUCAAUUGGGUUUUUGAUUAUGGUAGCAUUCGCGACCCUAGGGCUGGUCUUGUCUGCGACAUGCACAGAUAUCAUGACGUACUCCAUAUCGCAGGUAUUCUACACUAUCGGUUUUGCUGGUAUGAUCUUUAGCAUCGAUGUGAUUACGGCUGAUACGUCGUCGCUGCGCGAUCGCGGCCUUGCGUAUGCGUUUACUUCGUCGCCUUAUAUCAUCACUGCAUUCGCAGGCUCAGCCGCGUCAGAGCGCUUCUAUGCUUAUAAUUGGCGAUGGGCAUAUGGCAGCUUUGCUAUUAUCCUCCCCAUUGUUGCCUUGCCAAUGUUUGGCAUACUACAGUAUAAUCGGUACAAGGCGAAGCAGAAAGGUCUCUUGCCCAAGAAGGAACACCACGAUAGAACAAUUGCGCAGAGCAUUGUCUUUUACGCUAUAGAGCUGGACCUCCUAGGAGUGUUCCUCUUAGCAACAGGUUUAGUGCUCUUCCUCCUCCCAUUCACUAUUGCCGGUUCGACUGUGGACGAGUGGAAAUCCAGCUAUAUCAUCACCAUGCUUAUCACUGGUAUCGGCUGUCUGGUCACCUUCAUCCUCACAGAGCGUUUCGUCGCGCCAGUUCCUUUCCUCCCCUGGGAAUUACUAGCAUCCCGCACAGUCCUCGGGGCCUGCCUACUUGGGACGUCGUACCAGAUCGCCUUUUACUGCUGGAACGAGUACUAUACCUCAUACCUGCAAGUUGUCUACGGAACCUCGAUCUCAACCGCCGGCUACAUCAGCAGCAUCUUCAACGUCAUUUCCGGCAUUUGGCUCCUAGCUGUGGGGUUCCUCAUCAAAAAGACCUCCCGAUUCCGAUGGCUGUUGUUCUGGGCUGUACCGCUAUACAUGCUCGGCGUCACUCUGAUGAUCUACUUCCGCAAACCCGGCUGGUCCGUGGGUUACUUGAUCUUGUGCCAAGUUCUGAUCGCGUUCGGCGGCAGUACAAUGAUCAGCUGUCAGCAGGUUGCUGUUUCCGCAGCGUCCGACCACAACAACAUCGCAUCUGCCCUGGCAUUCCUAGGUGUGUUUGGGUCUAUGGGUGGGGCCGUGGGGAGUAGUAUCUCCGGUGCUAUCUGGACCAACACCCUACCUGGCGCCUUGAAGAGGCUGCUCCCUGAGUCUGCAAAGGCAGACUGGAGGGUCAUCUAUGAAUCGCUUGAGAUCCAACUGAGCUAUCCUGUCGGCUCGCCAGUUAGACUUGCAAUUGCUUCUGCUUAUGCUGAGACACAGACAAAAAUGCUGAUUGCAGGCACCGGGAUCAUGGCGUUGUCGCUGAUAUGGAUGUUCCUGAUAAAAGAUAUCCGGCUUAGCAAGGAUGCACAGAGUAAGGGAGUUGUGCUUUAG